AAGGCCUAAGCACCCAUUGGGUACCGUGGGGCUAUAGGGGGAUACGCGGACUCUGGCGAGGGAACAGGUGUGCAUGCAACAUGCACACAUUCUGGCUCCGCCUACGAGAACCGCCGGGUGGUACCUCCGCGUUCGACAGUCAAAGACAGUCUACCACCUACGGACAAUCACAACAUCCAUAGCCAAGACAAAAAUUUCUCCUCGGACGGGACUCGAACCCGCACAGCGCACGGCGACUGAUCAGGAGACCGAAGAGUCUACUACUGCGGCCACCGCUGCUGCCUAAAAGAUG